AUGUCCGCCGGCGUUCCCCACCGGUUCAAGACCUAUGAGGAUGUGAGACGAUACUUUGAGCAGCUGAGGCGUCAGUCGCGGCAUGAGCCGAAGCCAACUGUGGAUUCACAGGUGCCCGCAUACAUGCUGCGACUCCAGGAGCGACAUGCAAGAGAAUGGAGCAACUUCAGCCAGUUCCAGGAGGCGGCAGCUGAACGCAGACUGGGGCCAAUCACUGCCAUCCGUCAUCACAGGCUCCAAGGUUAGUGUAGAGUAUCAACCUGAAAUUACGAACUUGGAACCCGUGGUUCGGAAACAUAGCCCAGAUUAAUCGAACAUUAAUAGAAGGAGGAAAUGGGACCCUCGAAGAUUGGCGAAAAUUGGGCGUAAGAUAGAACAUUUUCGGCAGCAGCAGAGGCAAUAAGUACUUGACAGCUCAUUUAAUUUGCAUACAGUCAGUGCGCAUCCUAGUCUUUCUGGAGAAGAACAAAGGACUAUCUUCUUCGGAAAAAAGGUGCACUUAUUUGGUAUUCGGAUACUUACUGGAGUUCGUAAUCGAAGCUCGAAAAAUGGCUUGGGACUGCUGUCUAGUCGCAAGAAUAUGGUUUCGACUGGUCAUUGGUUAGUUGGGUUUGUGGGUGGUUAUAAACUGUCUGGUACAUAACAGGACAUAAUCCAUGAGUUGAUAUCUGAGGGUACGGAGCCCUACUUUUGGCUGGACGACGCAAAUAAACAAGCGAACAGCUUGAAUCGCUUAAUAAUAAAACGGAUCACGGCUCCGGGAAGUCAUAUGAAUAUGCUUUCAUUUCCGGAGACCAACUCUCCUCUUCUUCCUCUUCCUCUCUUUUUACUUGUCUUUUGUACCCCCUGUAUUCUUGAUCUGCUUUCUCCUUUGUUUCUGAACUAAGUCUCAUGGCACAAAGUCAGAUUUACUUCUUUUCCUCCUCAAAAUGUCCAGGUUUUUGCUUAGCACCAAUUAAGAAGUCCGUAAGCAGAAAUGGAAGCCACCGCUUAGGUGGCAGACUUCCAUGCCAGCAUCGAUCCCAGGAGGUAAUUCCUGCUCCCAAAAUCUCUGACAGAUGUGACUAUAGGGUACACCGUGUAGGGGCUCUGUCUUACCGGCAAAACAUGAGUUCUUAGCGUGCUCUAUGACCCAGUUAAUUAGACAAUCUACAAAUGUUUUCCACUGAGUGAACCUCCAGUUCAAUAUGUAUUUUGGGUACCCUUUUAUAGGGCUAAUACCCAGCAUAGCCUGGUAGCUUUUCUUUUCCACGGCCGAGGGAGAUAACAAAAUUUCGAGACUGAAGAAAUCCUGCAGGGUUUCCAUAAGCAGUAAAUUUAAACGCCCCGAUAUUAUGUCCUGUCCAUUUGACUAAACUUUGACCAUGAAGUCCAUGGUGCUGACCUAGACACUUUAUAACAGUAAGGAGAGGAGGUUUACUAAAAAGCAAAGAAUUGAAACAGCAAUCUUGUGGUUAUGCGACAAAGUUAACGGCGAAAGGUGCAAAGACGGUGACUUCAAUUCUGUUCAUUUGCUCCUGAGUCAAAUGAUUUUUCACUGCUAAGAAAUAUGCCUAAUUGUAGUCCCACAAAUAUCCGCACGGAUCUACGUGGCAUCUACACGCUCACCAUACAGUCACCAUACAUAUUCUGGUUGCCAUUUAAUGAAAUGACAGUUUGCUCAGAUUCCUGUUGUGCCAGUCGUUAGGACAUGUAAUUCGGACCGUAAAAUCAGAGAAGGCGAACACUUUCUCCGACUCGUAAGUUCGACGGACCACGUGUGCAAGGGAAUAAACGAAUUAAUCUUUUUCGGACCCUGAGAGGGAAAGUAUUCUGAAACCGACCUCCACAAGAUGCGUCUUGGAAAUUUGAUGAAUGCUAAAAAUCAGAAUGAGUGGUAUCACAUAACAUGAUAGCAAUACGUACAAAUGGACAACUUAUGCAUAAAUAAGGUAUGAACUCUGAAGGAUCUACCAUUCUGAAAGCACAGGUAUUAGAUUAAUUCUCAGACAUGCGUGUUUCGCCAUUCUUGCGUUUUUGUAUGACGCAACUGCGGGGGCUUCGGCUCAUCAGCGCGUCUCCCAGCGUUCCGCAUGGGUUUUCUGUUGGAACCAUCAGUUAAACUGCUACCGUCAGUAAUUCCUACAAAAAUUAGUGCACAUUGACUUCAGAGGAAACUAAAAAGGGCGGUAAAGUAUGAACUCACUCAUAGUAGAUGUGCUAACUCAUGAAAUGUUUGUCAAAAUUGCAAAAUACGUUUUCGACUCGAAAAAAUUACAUGAAUAAGGUUUUAAUAUAAAUCGCCGCGCAGCAUAAUCCCAAGAUUUUUCAGUUAACUCGAGAUGCCGGCUUUUGAAAGCGUUUGCUUCCCGUCGUCAACAUAAACCAUGUUUCGUAAAUAAUGGCUACUUAAGUAGCCCAAAUUUUCUCAUUGAUUUUCGAUGCCCUUAUAAAUUCAAAUAUACUUCAUAGGAAACAUGCAAGAAAAUAUUCGUUAUUUUCUUAAUUCGGUAGAAAAUUGCUUCUUCUUCAGACUCCGUACCUGAAGCUGGGGUAUAAUUCAGUUUUAAAAAAUUUCUAGUUAUGAGAUUUGGUACGGAUCGGUUACGUUGUCCUGACCCCAAGUGUAAGCGCGAUGCUGACACUGCGAGUAACUGUGGGCCGAAGGAGGAUCCUGAAAUAAUUAACGGGAAAGUAGAAAAAGCUAAGGGUUACUUUUGGGGUCUUAGCUAGUGCCAGAACGAUAAUUGAGUUUAGGGUUAGAGUUUGUGUUAAGUUUAAGGGUUCCGGUUAGAGUUAAGGUUUGGAUUGCAGUUUAGGUUUAUGUUUAGUUUUGAGGUUAGAUUCAGGGUUAGUAUUAGAAUUAAGGCAGGGCUACAGUUAAGGUUGGGGUUAGGGUUAGGGUUUGGGUCAUGGUUAAAGUUAGGGUAAAUGCUAGGGUUAGUAUUCGGGUCAGGGUUAGUAUUAGGCUUAGGGUUGUGUUAAGGUUUGUGGUUGGUUUAGGCAUAGGUCUAGUGUCAAGAUUUCGGUGAGCGUCAGGUUUAUAGUUACGCUAGGGAUAGGGUUUACUUUUGGGGUUACGGUUAGGUUUACCGUAAGGUUCAGGGUACUGAACCCCGUGUGUCCUUUCAGCCAGACCGUUUGCGAGGAUUCGACGCUUCCUUCAAUCUUGCGGCAGAUGUGUCAUACAUCAGGUUGCCUUUUCCGUCUCAGCCUCAGCUACUUUGCCCACCAACGAUUUCAGCCUGCCCCUUCGACUAACUUUACUUUCAAUGCCCACAUUGCUCUUACAUUUAGGGGCAAGGUGGUGUAGCCGACCCUUGCCCGAAAUUUUUUAAGACCGUGAAAUGCUCAUUCAUAAAACACCGCGUCUCUCCAUUUACCAGUGUUGCUUGUAAAGUUUACAUUGUGACCCAAACCCACUGCUUGAUCUUAUGAACCACCUAAGGUAUCCUUUUAAUAGCGUAUAGAAAAGUAUGAUUUUCCGUAAAUGGAAAAUAAAUAGCUUGUAGUUCGGAAACCCUGAAUGCAAGCAUAACGCAAGUCGAGUUCAAAAUUACUCAGGUAUUAGAAAACUUGUUAGAGCUGAAUUCUACUCCCCCUUCAAGUACGGAGUGUGAAGAAGACGUAGUUUUCUACCAAAGAAAUAAAAGCGAAUAUUUUCGUGCAUGUUUUCUGUGAAGUAUAUUUGAAUUUAUAAGGACAUCGAAAAUCAAUGAGAAAAUUCGGGCUACUUAAGUAGCCAUUAUUUACGAAGCACAGUUUAUGUUGACGACCGGAAUGAAGGGCGUUCAAAAGCCGGCAUCCCGAGGUAACUGAAAUAUCUUGGGGUUAUGCUGUACGGCGAUUAAUAUUAAAACCUUAUUCAUGUAAUUUUUUCGAGUCGAAAACGUAUUUUGCAAUUUUGGCAAACAUUUCAUGAGUUAACACAGCUACUGUACUAGUUACUACUGUCAGGCAGCGCAUGGGGUGCAUUAGAAACAUGAGGGAUUAUUUCAGAUUGAACAUCACAACUUCUGUUGAUGAGAUGGGAAAACUUCUCAGAGAAGAUUUCUGGUAGGAGCAUAUUUAUGCCAAACAGUGGACAAUCAAAGCGUUGAAAAAUCUUGUUAUUCAAUUAUCAAAUCAAAUUAACAAAUCUGGGGACAACUGGACUGUACAAACUUAUCGAAGGCAGGUUAAUAAGAGUUAGAGCUAGGCUAUUAAGUGAUCACCAAUACUCAAAGUCCGGGUAACACCUUAUACCCAGAUGCCCCCGGAAAGUUUGCAGACCUCAGUGUUUCAAAUGGAUCAAUUAUUAGUCAUACUAAGCAAAAGCUUCGCUCUUGAAGUUCAAAUUUUCUGUUACAGUAAGAUCCAAGUGGCCGAAUGAGCCGAAAACAGCGAUAACAAUUUUAGUAAAAAUGGAUAUAUUAAACUGUCACGUUUGUGAUUAAAAGUUUUCUAUAAUUUGCGUUCCCUGAACUGAAUAAAUAACACUCAGAGAACAUUUGAGGACAUUCAGUGGUUAAUUCUCUAGAUGGUGACUGAUAAGCUGUUGUAACAGGGUUUUAUUUGCCAAAGCUUUCGGACUUGUUCAAGAUAUCACUAUCAGACACACCUAAAACCGACAACAACCUCAUCGUUCUUAAUCCGCUCUAUAUCUGUCAGUGGACACCUCCUAGACAAACAACAAAGACUCAAAAAAUCGAUUAAUUGUCAUUUGUUUUCCAAAGACGUUUAGACUAGCAUUUUCUCCAUAGUCCUGUGCACAAUUUGGAAUUUUAAUAUGCAAUGUUUGGUCACUUGAAACUUCUCUAAUAAAACAAACUAUGAUCAGCGAGUUUCAGAAGUGAAAAAUCACUUCACUCAAACAUUUGUUCCACGAAAAAACCAGGCAGGUGUGUUCCAGACAUAGUUGCACCAACUUUUGACGAAUGACUCUCCCUAGUUGCUGCUCAUAGUCUUGAAAAGUUCAAAUCUGGCCGCUUUUAUGUGCAUCAAUUCGGACUCUCCGCAUGAAGUGAAACCUAUAAAGCAUGUUACAAUUAACAAAAAGUUCUGCUUAGCUCGGGAAAAAUUCGCUUACAUUGCCAAAACAGGCAAAUAAAAUAUUGCUAACCCUAAAUAAAAAGGAUUAAAAUGAGCGGAAGCCAUUACCGAUCGCUAGUCAAGAACCAGUAUGCCUAAAGUGAAAACGGAAAUUUAUGAGAUAGCGUAUAUUGCGACUGAACAGUUAAACUGUAACUUAAGCAUUGAAGGAAACACGAAGAUGCCUUAUUGAACCACAUCUCAAUCAUUUCUAAAGCGGAGAGAAUGCCACGAGUCCACGGGAAACCGUUUUGGAAUCCAUACUCAGAGCGUAGGCUGUUGGCAAACUGCCAAAUCUGAAAUGACACAAACUCUUAAAGUAUAUUUAAAUGCGGAGUUCACUAAAAUAUUACUUUCAGAGGUCAUUACAUUUGUGCUGCCACAUAUACUCAGUGUUUUGCAUGGAAAGGCUUUAUGUACGCAGUAAACUGAAGUUUACCCAAUUACAACCAAAUUUUGGCCUUUUCGGGAUUUUCCGCUUUUCCAGAAAACUUGGUAUUUCUAACAAGCAUAAAAUUGUAUUUAGCAUUUCUUUUACGUUUUUAAUCGCCUUAAAGUCAUUGUUAAUUAACGUAGAUAUUGGGUCCACGCAUGGAUGUCGUUUUGCGAUUGAUUAGCAAUCAUUAGUAAGUUUCGACAGCUUUGAUGUGUUAAGUCCUAUGCUGUAUAUAUGAGAAGAUAGUGGGGACGCAAAUAAAAGCGAGGGCCGAGCAGUUCUUGCUGUUGUUUGGGUUGUUUUAGCAACGCCAAAGGAACAAACAGGAUGUCAGUGAAGAGUUCGUGGUGAAGUAAUAAGCCUUUUUAUAGCAGGCUUGAAAUCAUAUCUUCAAAUAAAGUUAUCCUUUUGCAUUGUGUGUGUGUGUGUACUACGCUCUACACCAGCGAAGAGGUUUUCAGCCUAUGCGUACAAACGGUCAGCGGUCUGAACAAAACUGAUAGUGAGGUCCAUGCUGAGAUAGGUGACUAGAAAUUAAGAUGUAGAUUGCAUGUACGAUCGUAUACAUACCAGAAAAGUCCGUGAGUAGCGGCUUUAUGCCAGAAGAUGGCCGUUUGUUCCGACAAAGAGGGCAUCUGCAGUUUCAAAGAAUUCCGGAAACGUUAAUUGACACUAACGCUUUUAGUGUACGCAAUCGAUCGAAGGAACAGACAAUUUUGCUUUUUAGUUAUUGAAGAUAUGCUCGUUAGGAGGACUCUGAAUGUUCUCACCGACUCAGCGUACCUUUGAGGAGAGCUUUUCCGCAUUUACCAGUCUGAGCAUUAUUUUUGGACUAAAACAUCUUUGACAAAUAAAGCAGACUUUAACAUUGCAGGUUUACGACGAAUAUGCUCCAGAUCGCAAAAUACCUGCCCUCUCGUAACGUUCAUGCUGAAGAGGCUUUGCUAUGGCGUUACACAGACGAAGAGUGAUGUCUUACACUUUGUUCGAAGUAAAAGAAGACACAGUAGACAAAAACCCGUUGUUCUGCUUGCCAAAAGGUCGUUUGAGUUCUUAUUUCUCCUAAACCACACUUUCUGCUAGAGAUAGUAGUGGCAAAGAAUUUGAGAUACUUGCUUGUCAAGGUCUUGGAAACAAUUUGAAUUGAACGCGGCAAUACGGACCCCCGUACUACAAAUGGCCUGGCGUUAAAUUCCAGGGGAUACUUAUUCUAGUGUCCUAACCUUAACUCUAACCCUCUAAAGCCUUAUCCUGGCAUUAACACUAAAUCCAGCCCCCCUGGAAUUUAGGAUAAGAGCAUCUGCAGUAGGUGGGGCAUGUUCCGUCCCUAGCCGCAAUUCGAUACUUCUUUGAAUUCUUUCGUGAGGCUAGGUAUUUGCAGAGUCUGGGUUUCCUGCAAAGUACGCUAAAGUGCUUAAGUAGCGGUCAGCUGUAAGCGCUCUUCAACAAGGUUAUAGUACCUUGGUCUCACGUUAGUUCAUACACCAUAGCAUACUGGUCCGCUGCCAUUCAUUUAUGUAAGGUGACAUAUAAAACUCCCUUUGGAAAAUUCGUCAUUUAGUAUGAGUUCCAGUUAGUUACAAAGUUCUUUCCAGUCUCUGCGGGAACAGGUAACAAAUUUGACCCUUGAAGAACACAAUGCCAACUUCAGAUAGCGUGCUUAAAAGUGCAUCAAUAUGAUUCCUAAAAUUGCACUAAUUCCCCUGUUUUUUUUGAACCACUGUUGGUUUUUAACCUGCCUAGUAUGCAAGAGUCCCUUGAGAAAUCCUCUUAACGGUCGUAGAAUGCCACAAGGGUGCUUAAGAAGUUCAGAUUAGGCUCCAGUUAUGCGAACUUCGGGUAUAAAAUACGUGGGGAUCAAAAUACUCCUUUGUCUGAGGAAAGUAUUUUCCAAAACCGGAGAUGGUGAAGGCGAAUUGGGUUCAUUAUGUGGAUAGAGUUUGACAAGGUAUUGCCAUUCACCUAACUGACAAGCACAGUGAAAAAGCAUAUAAUUACAUCAUAAGGUCUACCACCGUGUCUAACGCCAGAUCAGAGAAAAUGAAUUUUAGCCACACGUCGGAAUAUGCAUAAAAUAUUUCUGGAGCGGUUUCAGCUUAGACGCAAAUGCCACGUGGGGAAACUGGUCAGCUACCUACUCUGACUGAAAACGGGAAGUGACAUCUCUAUUUGCCUUGGAGCUUUGCGUCCAGAGCCUUAACAUGGGGUGGCAAAGAAACUCGCUCUCAUUAAGAAGGAAAUUCUGCGAACAAGCACGACAAAGCCUGUCGAUUGGAGACAAAAAGGUCUGAAGACUCAUCUGAUGGAAAUGCACAAACGUCAGCUGGAUUUUGUAGAAGCUGUUUUUCAGUAAAUGUCCCCCCGGGGUUUCAAACAUCCAAUUCGGAGACAAGGGUAAGGGUCGAGGAGGAUCGGCUGAAUACCAAAUUCUUUAAUAUAAGUCGUUGAGUGAGAAAACGAUAAACAAAUGUAAUUUUACAAACAUAUUUCGAAGUUUGGGUGAACAAACUACGAUAGAGUAUCUAAGUCAUGAAAAAUUGCGAAAUUUACGAAUAAUUGUUAAUCGUUCGCAAACCGAUAUACAUACGUGCGCCCAAUAUCUGUGUUAAUAAUUAACAACUCCAAAAUAAUUAAAAACAUAAAAGAAAUGUUAAAGAUAAUUUUGCGUUGUUUAGAAAGACCAACUUAAGGAUUGUGGGCGUCUGCAAUGCCGUGAUCAGCAAACCAUGGCCCUCGCAGUCUGGUGUGCACUGACAGUUCUAUGGUAUCUGGUUCCCAGCCGGUAGAUAUGCUUGCGUUCCCGCUGGGUACACAGGUCGUGUGCAUAGUUCCCCAGUAAUCCUUUACUUUCUGAUCGGUUGUUGGUUAGAAUCCUGUCAAGUGUUUGUUAUGGACUACAGGGUGUGGUGGUAGUCUAGGUGCGAGUCCGGCCGCGCCGUUCACCUGCGCCCUGUCCCGCCUCCAGUCUUCUUGACUAUGUCUUGACACCGAGCCCAGGCGGGGAAGAGAGAGUGCAGCAGAUGCAGUGCAAGUCUACUCUCACUAUAAACCAAUUCACGCACAAGUCACCGUGCCUACCCCAUCUUGCUGUGUAGCAAACGCUGGACGUCGCCGGUUGUGACGGUCGAGUUGUAAGAAAUACCGAUUUUUGUUAAAAAGGCAGAAAGUUUCAAAAACGCCAAAUAUUGUCGUAAUUGCGUAAACUUCGGUCAGAUAUGUAUAGAAAUCCCGUCCAUGCAAAACACCCAGCACAAACAAUAUAACCUCUGAAGAUCAUCUUUCAGUGGAGUCUACAAUUAAACAUUUCAGUUAUGGCGGUUUGUCAGCAGCCUACAUUCUGAGUAUAGAUUCCAAAACGGUCUUCGAAGGAAUCGUUCUAUUAUGUACGUUUUUGAGUUGAUUGAAGUGCCGUUCAAUAAGACAAAUAGAACUUUGCUUGAUUUCGCCCAUAGAAACGUCAUGGGAACAGAAGUUUUCACAAGGGCACAUGUUGCCAGGCGGGCCAGGGAUAAACAUUUAAAUAUAAUUGACAAGCGUUAGCGUAAACAUACCGUUUUGUGUAUAUAAGGAGAACUUUUCAUUUCGUGAAAUUAAUUUGCACUUUUCGUUUUUUCCGAAUUACGUUGAGUUUAAGGUCGGUCUUGAAAUAUCGCUGGAUAUCUCAGGAUUUGCAAUGUUUCAACUGAUUGUCCAUAAAGACAGAUUCUGUUUGCUAAAACCUUUAAAAUAAGAUACUUCUUCAGAGUCUUCAACGAAUUACUGAGUGUCUGAGCGUCCUUUUGCAUGUAGGUGGUCGUUUGGGUCACAUGUACAGACUUGCUCAAACACGAAACCUCAUCGUCGAAUAAAAUGAAAGUUCACAGCAAGAGUUGGAAAAGAACAUGUUUCCGAUCAAUGAGAAAGCCCUUUUUAAUAAGUUGCCCUUUUAAGUUGACGGAUGUCUGUGUACUUAGCACUUUUGCAAGAUGGAACCAAGAAGAAAAUUCUUCACUUCUGGUCGUAUUUUUAUGUUGGCAAAAAUACUGAUAUGUUUCUAUCGCAAACAGAAGAACAUACACUUCUCUUGAUAUUGUGUCCCUUUCCACUAUUUCUGCUCACUGUUAGACUCCGUUCUACGAUUAGGAAUUUACGGCGAAGUCGCCAUAUAAAUACUGACGUUUUGUUGAGACUGUUAACGUUUUGUUCGUUCCACUUCUGAAUUGCGCGCAUACAGAAAGUAGACGCAGGGAAAGCAAGGUUUCGUGUGUUUAAGGGCGAAAAUGACUAUUCAGUGAUAAUCAUUUUGGUGUCGAAACAUAGAAUUUUCCGAACCGAAAACAUUUUUGGCCCAUUUAAACGGAGGCUUGACUGUGUGCGUUAUUACUGCACUUUAGGGCAGUAAAUCGCACAUAAAUCGCAGUAAAUUGCCAAUCCGACCUUUUAAAAUCGAAAAAACGCCAGGUUCUCUAAAACUAGCCCGAUGUUAGCAGACUAAUACCCACGGUUAGUAUCGGACAAAAAAUUGGUCCUCAACUGCGCUAAGCUCUGUUUAGUAAAACUCUUGAGGAUAAAUUACUCUCCUCUCAAAGAAAAAAACACAAUCAGAUGGGCAACCGAAGUCUAGGGUAAGUAUUAGUACAGGAAAUUGCCCGAAUACAUCUGAGUCUUCAUUUUCGUUCAAAUUUAUGAACACUUUGUGCGGUAAAAUUAUGUGGACAUAUUUUAUACACAAGAAAAGGACACUUCCUUGAAGUAGCUUAACUAGCGAGCAAAAUGCGCAAUGUUUAAUAUGCCCGAAAAUUCUCAUCUCGGUGCCUAAAAGUAAAUUUGGAAUUGUAGUCCCACGCUGCACCCAGAUAUUUUGUUCCGAUUAUCUCCAUAAACAGGCAUUUUCAUUCGAACGGAAUCAGGUUGUCUUACCUGCUCGUGCACUGUAAGCCGCCCUGACUUCUUACGUUAAACGAAGUUUCCUUGAUAUAAAGUAGAUGGCCUUUCUCGUGACAUGCUAACGGAAACUCUAAAACGUGUUUUCAGUCGGAAAGUAGCAGUCAGACGGAAGUGUUAUAUUGAUUAUUAUGUCGUAUGACCCCAAGAUAUUUCAGUCAUGUCAGGAUGUCGGCUUUUGAUUGUGUUUUUGUCCGACCGCAGGCGAAAACCAAACAUGGUGAAAAUGACUAACUAGGUAGUAUGAAUUUUUCCCGUUACUUUUAGACGUCCUCAUAAAUCUAGGUAAAAUUUAUAAAAAACAUGCACAAAAGUACUAUUUCCUGUUCUCACUUCGUAGUAAGCUAACUCUUUUUAAAUUAACGGCUUAUAAGGUUUUUUAAUUCCCGAAUAAUUUUGAACCCGAACUGUCGUUACGCUGGCAUAUGGAGCUUCCAAACUAAAAAUUUCAUAUUUUACAUGUGUUAUUAGAAAAAAACAAUAAAGUGCUCACGGACUUCUACUGUCGAUCCGGACCAUAUUGUGCAUUUCAUACGUAGCAUUAAUAAACCGACACCUACGGUGCCACUUGAGUGAAAAUUUCAAGAUUUUCAAAAAUCCCAUAAUUACAAACGUUUUAAAACUGAGAGUAAAAAUUUGAAGAAAACUUAGUUUGCCACCAAAUGAAUGCCAUAGAACAAACUUUUGUUGCAUUUUUCAUAAAGUAUCUUUGAAUAUAUAAAGACGUCGAGAAUCAAAGGGAAAAACCCUGCUGUUUGAGUAGUUUUUUGUCGAGUGUGGUUUUUGCGCUCGCCGGACAUUAAGUGCAUUAGAAAGCUCGCGUACUGGCGUGACCGGUUAAUUUUAGGACUAUGCUAUAUGAUAGUCAGUAUCACAUCCCUAUCGAAGUAAUCCUUUAUAAUGCAAAGCACACUUAAGUAGUUCAGUUAAUUUUUUGUGAGAUAGGCAAAAUACUGUACGUCAAAUUUGUGGGUAAGCUUAGGGACAGUUUUCACAACAUUUGCUAGAAGCCGUUAAAUCUCAGCUUGCGCGCUUGCUUAUCAUCGUAAUCCCCCUUCAAGGUAAAAAACUUCAAGAUGACCUCGGUCACUACCAAACCUACGUAGCCAUCUACGCUAAAGCCGUCAGUUUUUGUACAUGCUUGGGAGUCAGUAAUAGAAAUUAUGUUGUUAUUCCUAUUUAGCACUAAGUUUACUGAUAUUGGAUACUCGGUGGACGAACGAUUACUCGCAAAUCUUUAAAAAACUUGCAAAUGACAUGGACUAAUUGGAAAAUAUUAGCUGCAACGUCAUUUUUAAACAGAGAUCACCGAGGUUUGGCCUUAAAUCUCCUGAAAUAUUAGGCCCUAUACAAGUAACUUGCGGACUGUCACGUUUUCGAACAAAAUUUAUAUAGCCUCAAACAUUUGACAAGUUAGUAAAUUUAGGAUUAAGAAUAACCUACUAUGUCCUAAAUAAAAACCUCUGCAGCUUGUACGACUUGCUUGUGACGCAAAGGAAGUUUCCAAAAUUACCUGGGCAAAAUAGGCUUUUUAGGAUGAAGUGGAAGAUAAGUCGUCAUCUCUUAAUUUUUAUGGUUGCGUUCUACAGUGGCAUACUGUUACCAAUAGAAUGUUUUCUAUAAAUGGAAAAUGAGUCCGCUGUUGCCUAAAAGAUGGUUCUUCCGGGUUUUCACAGGUGGCCUCACUGUGCGAAAACGGGCAAGAGCUGUCCUCAGGAAAUAUCAGUGAGGUAGCGAUAAUGAUAAUUGCUCUGGUUAAUUACUAUAUUUAGAGACGAUCCGGGUUUCCAAACAUUUUCAGUUUCGGGAUUUUGGGAGAUGAUACAAAUAUAACAUUAUCUGUGGUGUUUGUUGCAAGUGAUUAAUUUUGCACGGCCUGCAUCAUCGUCCUAGUUUUAUAAUUCGAGGAAAACCUCAGAACCCACUUAUAUUUAACAUUCAAAAACUUCUACAGAGAACCAGCAUGUGCAAUCAAGGACGAUUUUUGCUGCAAAUGCUCCCUUACUACAACCCAGCGUCUUCCGGGCGUCCAGAGGCAUUCUCAGCCUAAAUAAGACAAACAUGCACGUUUAGCAAUCAGGCGCUUUUUUGUAGAAUGAAUACCCCCUCUCCCUGGGUAAGUGCGUUCAAUACGGCGAAUACCGCGAACAUACUGCUGUACAAAUCAGCCCAGUGUGUACAGUUUUUGCUAAGCCGUGAGGCAACGUAAAUUAUUCAGACGCCCGCAGAACCGUGCCUGACAGUAUCUUCGUGUUUAGUCAGACCGCUUUAUCUGCUUUGUUCUCACACGAGAUUGGAGUAAAUGUUGCUGUCCCAUACAAAAAUUUCGCUUAAGGGUUACGCAGAAAGCUUUUUUGGAAUUGCUGACUGGUUUCCAGAAAAGAAAAACAUUCAUUUGCCUGCAUUAGCAACAUGUCAUAUAGAAUACACGUCCAGCCACAACAAAAGAAAAAAGGGCGGUUUUCCAAAGAAAUCCACAAACAACACUCUAGGUUAGGUGGAAAUGUACCACUUUUAGUUGGCCGAAUGCCGUCUAUGUGUGCCUGCGGUUCAAAACUGUUUAAAGCUAGAGGGUUUUACGUGACAUUUUCGAGAACCUCCCUUUGACUUGAUCAACACUCGGAUAAUGAAAGUUUGCUUGCUUCUCCAGUACCUCCGAAGAUGGUCUAUUUUUGUUGCUAUUGCUAGUUAAAAGGCAUCUUUUCCUACAGACUUUUCUUCGUCUGAUGAAGGAUUUCUGUGUUAAAAAAUAUACUCACUUUUUCCAGUUAAAUUCUAGAAAGAACGUUAACGUUUUUAGAUGGAACGAUAAUAGUGAAAAAUUAAUCAAUAAAUAUCCGGAAAAAUGCGACCACAACUCAAAUGGCCUCCAAAAAUCAGGCAUUUUACGAUGUUUAAUUCCAUGCGUAAAUGGAAAGUUUUGGCUUUUUGACUCCUACCAAAUACACUUAAGUUUUCACUCACAUCUUCUACUAAGUGAAAAGUCACCCAAAUAGACUAAGUAGACAAACCUGUUUAUUACUAAGCAUACAGUAAGUAAUCAAAAGCUACUUCACUGUGAAUCGCAAACCCAGUUCUCCAUAACAAUUUGCUUCAAAUAUUAUCGUAUCUCACUUUGAACCAACUAUGGAAAACUCGGUGCCUCGGUGGGAUUCGAACCCAAAACAGCAAGGGAAAGCUUUAGUGCAGCCAACGCUUUAACUAUCAGAGCUACGAGGUCCCACCGGACGACGCGAGUUUAAUUACCUUUGGGUCAAGUUUAACCGUCCACAGUGCAUUAUUUGAAAUCUGCCAAAACACCCCUGAAUUAUGUAAGCCGGCAGUCAUCUGGUGGAUUCUAAAUGUAUUAGCUAGACAAUCCUGUUUGGACAGUCAACUUACUGUAUCAGAUUUAGUGGAUUCCAGGCGUUGCAGUAGGUUGGGGAGACAAACUUGACCCAAAUAUGGUUAAACUCGCGUCGUCCGGUGGGGCCUCGUAGCUCAGAUUGUGAAGGCGCUGGCUGUACUAAAGCCUCCUCUUGCUGUGGUGGGUUCGAAUCUCACCGAGGCACCGAGUUUUUCACGAUGAGGUCAAAGUGGAUUAUUUGAAAUCUGCCAAAACACCCCUGAGUUAUCGUAUUUGUCCUAUCAAAAGAUGUUUUGGUAAGGAUCGGGUGAAGGCCCCCAGGCAUCUGUAGUGUACCAAGAAGAAGGUUCUUGAAUUGUGCUCACUUUUAUCAUCGCUCUUUCACAAAAAUGAACAAUGAAACUGUCGAAUGCAUUAGUGCCUCUUCUGAGUAUUAUUCAGUUCGCUGGCAUAAAAGAGGUGUCGCAAGAGCGUAAUGCUUUCUGUACGCUGAUUUACUAUAAGAAACUGUGCUCAGAAUUAAAACUCUGUUACGGAAGCUCCGCACUACAGAGGCAGUAUUUUCUUUGACUUUCAGCAUCAGCGACGAAGUCGUUUAACAGGGGACUGGGCAAUGACGAGAACCGAGUGCCUGAUAACGGCUCCAGCAUUCACCAGCUCACCUUUCGGGUGGCCCGCAUGCCACGGGACGAAAGACUCGUUGAGGGCAGUCUCCGUCUACCCUAUACAUUUAUCAGCGGAAAAACACAAGGCCUACCGACCAAUCCUCCCCCUUGGCCUCUUCCGGUGCGCGUUUCGGUGGGCCUGUUUGUGCCCGGCACCAACUCCCUCGACACCACCACCGCCGCAUGCAGAAUCGUCUUUGAACGCGAGGCUCAGGGACUGGGUGUGGCCACUGACGGCGAGGAGAGUGGCGUUCGUGGCUGGCUGAACAUCCCACUGCCUGGUGCGGCGCUGCAUCUCCUUCUGAGGGCCGGACAUUUACACCAGCGGUCUCUUACUUUGCGGGUGGAUAUACACAGAGACAAAGCCCCACUGGAAGACGUUCCCAGUACGGCCUAUGCAGAACACAGCCCAGACAGAUCACCACAUAUUAUAACCUUCCACAGGACCAAAAAAAAUAACCUUAAGAAGCGGCUACGACGGCGGCAAAGGGACGCGGGCUUUUCGGAAGGAGGAAGUGACUUCAAUCUUCCAAAGGUAUAA